UUUAUUCAUAGACAUUUUUCUGAAAUCUUACUCACUCUCAAUAGUCUUCUUCUUCAUAGAACUUCUCUUCGAUCCAUUCACAUUAAAGACAUUCACAAGACUUCCUUACUCCCGUUUAUAGAUUCACGGACCAAAGAUCGGGAAAGAAAUCUUUAAGCAGCUCUAGCAUAAAACACAUUAUACUAUUAAGAUAUGUACGCCAAGAAUGCUGGGGAGUUGGUGAAAGAACUUUCGAUCAGUGAACCAGGGCAGCAGUUAUCUGUAUUCAAUGCAAAUCUAUUUUCUCAAGUAACUAAAGAAUGUGAUUUUCAUUUUCAUCAGCUUCAAUCCUUGUUAAGCAAAGUUCAAGAAGAAACCUCGAGCAACCAAACAACUAAAAAUCCCCAUCACUAUGGUGCUCUUAUUCAUCACCUUUCUUUGGUUCGCAACAAGCGUUGUCUCUUGUCCUACGUGUAUAAUCGUGCAGAAACAAUCAGAAAUCUGGAUUGGAUGAUUGAGCCUCCGCUUCCUGAACAAAUUCAGGAGAAGCUAAGCAGCUUUGAGAAAGACUAUUCCAAGAAACACUCUGCAGCUAUCAGAUCUUACAUGUCUGACCUUGAUCUUGAUUUGGCUGUGGAUAUGGUGCCACCUAAGGAUCCUUAUCUUAAGGUAAAAGUGUUAGACGAUAUUGGAAGUGUGGCUCUGAGUGAUCAAAUAACGAAUCUUGCUAAGCAUUCGAUUCUGUUUCUAAGAAGGACUGAUGCCGAAACAUACAUAUCUCAGGGAUUGAUGGAAGAGCUUACAAGCUGAGUGAGUGAGUGAACCUUUACGAGGUAUUUCAGUGAGAAAAAUCAUAAUUAUGCGUUAUUUUAAUGGUGAAAAAAAAAAUGUAAUUCUUCAGGUUAUUGAGCAAUGUUGGCAGCAUGUUCUUCAUGCUUUCUAGUACUCAAAGGCCCUAGUUAGUUUGUAUGUUGAUGAACCCUAAAACUCUAAUUACUUGUUUUUGUAAAUUUGACUAUUUGAUUUAGUAAUACAUCAGGUUCAUUUCA